AAGGGAACUACAUAUUCUAGUUUCUCAAAAAUUCUUAGCACAGCCUCUAGGAUUUAGAAAAAAAAUCUUUGAAAAGGAGAAUGCAGAAUUAAACUGGAGUGUGUGGAGGUGACUGUGUUUGGAUGCAGAACCUGAGAAUUUUCCCUGGAGCUUGACUCUCAUCAGCACAUGGUGCAGACACUGCAGGCCUGAAGAAGGACCUCAUCCUAAGUUGUCUUCCAGCAUUUUCUCUGGUGCUGCGGUGACCGUGCAAGGGAUGGAGCGGACCACAGUGGAAGUCGGACCUGCUGCGCCGCAGCUGGGGAAGCCUGCAGCUCUGCAGUCCUAUCUGUGGGACGAGAUGAAAGAGAAGUUCUUGAAGGGGCAGCCGAAGGUCCUUGGUGUUAUGCAGGUUAUGACUGGCUUGAUGAUCCUCAGCAUAGGAAUAAUAAUGAUGAGUAGCACACUGCCUGGUUAUGGACGACACCCCCUGUCAGUGUACAUUGGGUACUCAGUUUGGGGAUCGGUGAUGUUUAUUAUUUCAGGGUCUUUCUCAAUUGCAGCAGCAAGAAGAACUACAAAAGGUCUUGUCCGAGCCAGUCUAGGCUUGAACUCCACUAGCUCUGUGUUUUCUGGAACAGGAAUGAUAAUCACUAUGAUCAGCCUGGGAAUAAGUUCACCCUAUCCCUUUAACUGCUACUAUAAUUCAUCUGAAAGCUGUCCAAUGACAAUAGCUAUUUUAAUAGGACUCGAUGCAGUGAUUCUCCUUUUAAGUAUGCUGGAAUUCUGCGUUGCUGUCUCAGUCUCUUCAUUUGGAUGCAAAGCGAUCUGUUGUUACGUUGGUGGGGUUGUGUUAGUUCUACCAUCAAAUCCUCAAACGACAGAAGCAGCAUGUCCUGCACCACUGGGAGGAGAUUCAACGGCUCCAAAAGAUCCAGAGAAAACUGUUGAUGAGAAUGUUCCCUGACUUCAAUGCAAAAAUUCCCCGUGGAAAACUACCUGAAUCCCUCUCUGAAGGAUGUGUGUGUGUAUGUGUGUGUGUGUGUGUGUAUAGAUUCAGUUCUCUUGUUUUCCCUGUACUUGACAAAUCUUUCCACCCAAUCUUAAACAGAAUACCAGAUAGUAAAUAAAAUCAUGCAUUUAAUUAGACAACAACA